AUGAACGAGACGAGCUCGCGGUCGCACGCCAUCAUUCAAAUUACCAUCUCGCAGAAGUACGAGUCGUUGGAGAUGCGGGAUGUAGAGAGCGUCGUUUUGUUAGUGGAUUUGGCUGGGAGUGAGCGCCAGAGCAAGGCGGAGUCCACCGGGGUCGCGUUUGAGGAGGCCAAGAAGAUUAACCAGUCACUGUUGAUGCUGGGUCGGGCGAUGAACUCGUUCAGCGACCGCAAAGGGGGCGACACCUUUAUUUCGCUGCGCGCCUCAAAGCUAACUCGUCUGCUGUCGGAGAGCUUUGGCGGCAACAGCAAGACGUGGAUGCUCGCAACGGUGUCCCCUGCGGCAACCAACUUGACGGAGACCACCUCCACCCUGGAAUACGCGCAGAAUGCCAUGGCCAUAACCAACAAAGCGAAGGUGAAUGAUACGCAAAAGAAUCUUGAGCUUAGGCGGCUUAAGGAGCUUGUUGCGUCGUUAGAAGGCAGACUAGAUGCUAUUGGCCUGGAGAGGGCACGGAAGCAGGAGGAAAUUGGACAGUUGACUCGAGAGAGGGAUGCGCUGUGGAAGGAAGUUGCAUAUGCUGAUAAUCAUCACGACACCAGGGAUAAACUGGAGUUGACUCUUAACAACCUUCGGCUAAGCAAUAUCGCUCUUCGGAGGCGGGUGGAGGCUGCUGCAGAAGGUUUCAUUCAUUCGCUUGAUGAGCAGUCUUCCUUUCUGUUUUUUAAAGGUAGAUGUGGCAUUUCGCUAGAGAGUGUGCUGCUGGGGCAGCGACGUUCCUUUUACAUUGGCCUGUUGACGGAGUGCGGCGUGCUCACGGAGGCUAGGUUGCACAUCCAAUUGUUUCCGUGUGAGCCUCACGCCAUUGAGCGAUGUGACCCAACGCAGCUGAUUGGAAAAAGUCUGCGUUUCUGCCUUCACGUUGUGGGUGCCUCAGGCAUCCCAAAGGCCUUUGUGGCACACACGUUUUGUAAAUUCACUCUCUUGUAUGAUCGUGAAGAACGCUACUUUACGACUUCGACAGCGGAGAACACGGAGAGCCCUCACUGGGGGUAUGUGAGGAUGUUUGACAUCCCUAAUUUGACUGCUGACGUUAUACGUUGUUUUUGCGAACGGCCUGUGUUUACGUUUGAGGUGUUUGCUUUUAACACGUGA